UUGUAAAGCUGUACGGUUCAUCAAAGUUUGCAUUCUUGACAGUCAGCAGUAUAUAAUUCUAGGGAAGGUUCUCUAUAUUUAUGCCUGCACUCAUCGUCCAAAAGUCCAAAGCUGAGGUGAAGUGAUCAUGGAACUAGCGAGUGUUUAUAUAAAUGAAAACAACGAGACCUGCAGCAAGUACAAUGAGAUGGGACUGGACAGAGAUGAAGAUAUUGAUGCAAAUAAGGACCGAAAAAUCAGCCAGAUUGAAGCAAGAGCUCAAAACAGAGGUUUGUCAGUAGGAAGUAAGUGUGCUGUGUUGAGCACUGUGUGCCUUGGCCUCACAUGCAUUUUGGUGGCUGUCAUUGUAGUAUUGCAUAUCAAGCUCAAGGCAGAGAGAGAAGAACAAGCUAUACACAUGUUACAAUCCACUUCAAGAGAUCAAACGGAGAAAGACCAGUUACGAAACAGCUUCAACUCUUUGAGUCAGAAGAACCUGGAGCUGGAGACCAGAGUCAAUGAUCUCACUGCUGAGAAAAACCAGUUUGAGACCAGAGUCAAUGAUCUCACUGCUGAGAAAAACCAGUUUGAGACCAGAGUCAAUCAUAUAACAGAUUACGAGAUCCAACUUCAGAGUAACUUCAACUCUUUGAGUCAGAAGAAACUGGAGCUGGAGACCAGUCUCAGUGAUCUUACUACUAAGAAAGGCCAGUUGGAGACAAGAAUCAAAGAUCUCACUGCUGAGAAAAGCCAGUUGCAGAGCAACUUCAACUUUUUGAGUCAGAAGAAACUGGAGCUUGAGACCAGAGUCAAUGAUCUCACUGCUGAGAAAAGCCAGUUUCAGAGUAACUUCAACUCUUUGAGUCAGAAGAAACUGGAGCUGGAGACCAGAGUCAAUGACCUUACUACUAAGAAAGGCCAGUUGGAGACCAUAAUUAAAGAUCUCACUGCAGAGAAAAGCCAGUUACAGACCAACUUCAACUCUUUGAGUCAGAAGAAACUGGAGCUAGAGACCAGAGUCAAUGACCUUACUACUAAGAAAGGCCAGUUGGAGACCAGAGUCAAAGAUCUCACUGCUGAGAGAAGCCAGUUACAGAGCAACUUCAACUCUUUGAGUCAGAAGAAACUGGAGCUAGAGACCAGAGUCAUUGAUCUUACUACUAAGAAAGGCCAGCUGGAGACCAGAAUCGAAGAUCUCACUGCUGAGAAAAGCCAGUUACAGACCAACUUCAACUCUUCUAGUCAGAAGAAACUGGAGCUAGAGACCAGAGUCAUUGAUCUUACUACUAAGAAAGGCCAGUUGGAGACCAGAGUCAAAGAUCUCACUGCUGAGAAAAGCCAGUUACAGAGCAACUUCAGCUCUCUGAGUCAGAAGAACCUGGAGUUAGAAAGCAGAAUCAGGUCUCUGAGUGAAGAAGAAUCUAAACAGAGUUGUUUUUUUAUGUCCACUGAGUUGAGCUGGUCUAACAGCAGACAGUACUGCAGGGAUCGUGGUGGUGAUCUGGUCAUUAUCAACACUGAAGAGAAGCAGAGGUUCAUAUAUUCAUUAAUCAGUGAGAGAGUGUGGAUCGGUCUGUCUGACACAGAGAAUGAGGGCAUCAUGAAAUGGGUGGAUAAUUCAACACUGAAACAAGGUGCUCAUGUCCCUGAGUAAUAUCUGCAUCCACCGAAGUCUGAAGAGAACACAAUAGUAGACAGCAAUCCAUAUGAGAGAGAGGUCUGGUGUGGAGGGUGGAUCUGGAACUGACUUCUGUACAGUUUGUCACAUCUCUUGAUUAUCUGUCUUCACAAACUGCCCUGAAAUACAAUUCAAACAUUAACAAUGUUUGUUAUAGAUGUAACGGAAGGCUCUUACAUUCAUAAUGCUAAUUUUGGCCUCUACAGCUAAUUUUGGAAAUAUAGUUGAUAUCAGUAAUAUGCAGAAUGCACGAUACAAGGAAGUGGUCAGUAACAUCAUCACUUUGAGAAAUGAUAUCUAUAUCAGUAAGGCUACUUUAAGAAAAAAUAAAAUGA